AUGUUGGGUAAAACUUUUAUACUUUUUACACUUUAUAUUUUUAAUGCAAUGGCUUUAACAUCAGUUAAAGUACCAAAAUAUUUAGCUAUUUAUUAUGGACGGCCAUCGUUAGUUGAAAAUAGUCAAGGUAAUGUAACAGCAGCUAGUAAUUGGUUUGAACAAUUUGAUUUAAUCGUGUUUGGUGAUGGAAUUUGGAAGACUACACAUGGUGAUCAUGUGAAAACACAAGCUAUUAUGAGCAAUUUGAUUGCUCGUGGUAAAAAAGUGUUCGGAUAUGUUGAUUUAGGCGUUACAACACAAAAUUUAAAUAGAAAACAAAUGCGACAAGCUGUUGAUGGUUGGUCAUCUAUGGGUGCUAAUGGUAUAUUUUGGGAUGAUGCUGGCUAUGAUUAUAAUGUGACACGGCAACGUCAAUCGCGUAUGAUUCAAUAUUGUCAUUUAAAAAACAUGCAUGUUAUUAUGAAUGCAUGGAAUCCUGAUGAUGUACUUGGUGGAGCUCACUUCAUUAACAGAAUGGAAAAAAAAGCUGAUAAAUGUGCUAACUAUCAAAAACGUUUACGAGUCAAAAUGGCCUGUUUAUCAACGCCAAAGACAAACGAUCAAUUUACACAAGCAUGGUUUGGUACAGCUAUAUAUAAUUUCGAUUAUUUUCAAGCAACAGAGAUAACAUAUAGUUCGAGUAAUAAUAACCUUGCAUUUAAAGCUAAUCCAAGUUCGUCUUAUGGAAGAUAUUGGCGAAGUGAUACAAUAUCAUCGAAUGCAGAUAACACGUAUUUUUCACGUUCAACAGAAUCGUGGACAUUGAGCAUAGCUGGUGAUGGAGCAUCAUGGGGUUAUGGUACAUUUACUGCUAAUGGAUAA